AUGAUGCUUUCCGAUCGGGACAGCUUGGACUCUGGCUCCCAGGAGAAGCUCCUCCGCAACAGCGAGGACGGGGAGUCCGAGUCGGUUUCUUCCUUCCCCCAGCCCAUCCGGCGAACAAGACGAUUCCAUGCGCGCAGCUGGAUCAUACACCUGGGCCAUAUUAUCGUCGAAUUGGUGCUGGUGGCCGUCAUCGUGUAUCUUGCCUUGUUUCGAAAGGACAAGGGAAUUUAUUCUACUCAGCUUCUCUACACACCUGCAAUGGAUGCGAUCGAGUACGAGGUACGCAAAUUCAAUGCGGGCUAUCUUCCGGGCGAAAAGUCGGUCGGAUAUCAGCUCGAUGGACCCGCCCCUACGGAUGAGAUUGACGAGGCGUGGGAGGCUCUUUAUAAACCGCUGCUGUGGAGCAAGAUUCCACGACACCAGGCGGCUCUGCUUCCGAACCUGACGAUUAACAUCCCGGGCGACGAAGACCACUAUCUGAUUGGGUUGGAUGUGUUCCAUCAGCUGCAUUGUCUGGACAACAUCCGCAAAGGCCUCUGGCCGCAACGCUACAAGCCCGAAGACCACAUGGGCGGACAGGGAAUGUCGCUCCUCAGCGCAAAGCAUCUGGACCACUGCAUCGAUCAGCUCCGGCAGAGCAUCAUGUGCGCGUCCGAUCUCAGCGUGAACUGGGUCUACUGGGAUGAGGGCAUGAAAAUGCAUCUGGCCGCCAGGGAUGUGCGGCAUUCGUGUCGUAAUUUUGAUAAAGUGACCGAGUGGGCGUGGGCGCAUAAAGCAGAGCCGUUUGAUAUGACGAUUCGAGUGAAGGAUCCUCUGAAGGCGGAGUAA